GAGAUAGGUAUGCAUGUAUGGGCUUUAUUACUGCUCAAGGAACUAUUUGUUUACAGUAGGUUUCUCAAACCUAAUUGUGAAAUCUGCACUUAAUGUAAAUUGAUGUUUGCCUGGGUUUGCAGUCAGAUGGAAAUGGCUGUUAUGUACUCACUCCUGUUCCUUUUGUUUGCACUCUCCUCUCAAACACAAAUUGUAAUACUUAAACAGUAAUCAGUUAUCAGUUUUUACAGAUUCUGCAGGAAAGCAUAAGGGAGACUCAAGCCCAAAGGAGUGAUAAUUGAGAAUGGCAGCAAGGAAAAGCUUCAAAGUGAGGAGGUGACAGAAAAGGAAGCAAGAGGGUGAGAGAGCUGACGCAGGGAAAAUAGCAGCAUUGUGGUGCGCCUUUAUCCAGCUGUCUGACUUGCUUAUGUAGCAGGGCUGGCAAGAAGGAGUAUGUGCUGUGUCUCGGCCACUCCAUUUCACUUUGGCACGGUGACCUGAAUCUGCCUUGAUCAGUGGGCCGGAGUGUUCUGGCAUGUGUUCUGUUUCCGUGAUUCUGUUGCAAGCACACUCGGUUUGGAGAAGUGUGUGUUAGACAGUUACUUCAAGAGCCUAUACCACUGCAGGGAGGUUCACUCAUCGGUUGGAGUUGCAAUAGGGAGAGUUUUUCAUAAUGAUUAUGACACUGAGACUGAAGCUACGAUUGUGGCAUUUGUCAUCAUCGUUUUUGUAGAUGCAACGUGUUGCAAUGUUGUAAUAAAAUAAAGCUACACAUUUGCUGUUUAAAAUGCUGGGUUUGGGGCACUGCUUAAAAUGCACCAAUUACUUUUGACACAUUUGACUCUAAAUGUAACUAAAAAUUCAUAUAAAACAAAUGUGAAAUACAAGGCAUGAAGAAAAAAGCAUCGAAGCUGUGUAGCUGUAAAGAGAUAUCUGUUGCAGCACAGAAUUACUUAGUUGGCUUCUUACUUGAAUAGUUUCAAUUAUAUAAGUGUGCCUUUGUCAUUUGACUUACAUGUGAACAUUCAGUUAUCGGGUUCUAAGCACAAAGAAACAAUGGAAUACCAACUUGGACUCUCGUCUUGCCAAGAGUGAAUUUUGAGCUGUGUCAGUGGGAACAGCUGAUCCCAUUACUACACAAAGGUUGAUUAUUCAGAUGAUCAUUUAUGUGGGUUUUGUUACUUUUUAAAUUGGCAAAACAAGUAAUUUGUAUCGAGACUCGUAGGGAUGGUUUUGUAAGAAUAUGGUAGAAGGAUGUCUGUCCUUUAAUGAAGAUUGUUUACGUUUCUCUUGUUUAUCUGUUGAAGGAAGGAAGAGUAUAGAAGGCCCAUGGAGGGGUCAACUUUUGUUUUCCUGGUUUAAGAAGUUUCUAAAAGUAAAAUGCUUUUAACAAAUGAUGUAUUUGGAAUCAGAUCUGUUUGAUCUUUCGGUCUUAAAAAACGUGAAGAAGAAAACCCACUCAACACUAGGUAAUUUUUGUAGCACAUAACCACAACCAUUUAGCGUAUUAGCAUAAAUACAUCAAAAUCAUGUAUGGAUAUAAAUGUACCAGAGCUGAAGAGCACUUCUACCAUUUUUCAUAAUUUCAAGAAGUUUUAGUGAGUCUGUGAAAAUAGGGAGAACAGCAUUUGUUUUCAUGAAGCAGCAAUUCUUGUGGAUUAAAAGUGUAUUUCAAAUGUUGCAUAGCGUGCUGUUGAUUAACAAAAGGGAUCAAAUGCAUUACUGUACUUUUUCUCCCUCUGUGUUGUGGGUGAUUUGGUAAGAGGUUUUCUUGUUUGUUUUUUGAAGGUGAGUACAAUGCUUCUAACUGCUUGUACUUCAAAGGCAGUGAGAGAUUUCUGAUGUCACCAUCAAAUCCUCUUUUUAAAUUCAUUUCACAGACUUCCUGUUUGGUCCACGGGUAUAAUUCAACCUUUCAGUGUAAGUCUGUGAAGGUAGUACUGUUGACCUUUAGGGAUCCUGCUUAGCAGGUGCCAUGAUGAGAUGUGUUGUACUGGUGCUGGUAAAAGCCUUCUGAUCGGAGGAAGCUGAAGCAAAAUCAGCAGGUAUUGUAAACAGUGUUCUCUCAGGAAUGUUCUGGAAUUACAGAAGAUAAACACAGCUGAUACUGCUGUCAGUAUUUCUUUUGUUUUGUGGUAUGAUUUCCUUCCGUAUUGAGGGUAAUUGACAAAAGCCAUUUUGCAUGUGGCAGCAGCUUGAGAAGAAUUGUAUCUUUCUGAAGAUCUAUUCAGUGGAAGACCAGGUAUAGAGCCUCGAUGCAUUUAGUCUCAGGUUCAUAUUGUGACUAAUUUAUCUUUGUCUUCGGUGUUCAAAACAGAAGGAACUAUGACUGUCCGGCUGCUGUGAAUGAAAUUACAAUGUCUGUGCUCAGUGCGGCUCAAAAAGUUUGGUAUAGUAGUCAUAGCAAAUGGGAAGGUAAUUUUGUGCGGUACUGUUGUCAUCUUUGCCCAUGCAGGAAUGUUUCACUUUGUGCUCACUAAGGAAACAUUCCCUCUUAGCUGCAUGUGAUUAGAGUACAUAGGACUAUAUCUUAAGCCAAUUAGUGAAGGAAAAUAACACUACAGGUAUUUUGAUAGUAUGAACUGAAACUAUCCAAACUGGAUUAUGAAGUUGUGCCUUACGAAAGCAUGCUCUUUUGUAGGUAAACGAACACUGAGUAUCACUGAAGCACACUCAGCGUAUUUCACUUCUUCCUGGGCCAGAAACGAUAUCCUAAGAAAUGUUUAUCCAUUGUGGUUGAGCUUGAAAUAACAGAUAUAGUUUAUAUCUGAUUUAAUAUAGCUAUACUGUUUGCUUUUAAGCCUCGUUUAUGUAAGUACAUGGAAAAAUACAAGUUUACAUAUUCUAAUAAAACGCGAUUUGAAGAGUGGAGUUUUGUAUUUCUUCUUUCAUGGAAGAUUCCAUCAGCCACAGUCAACUAAUUAAUAUAGGCUGUGGAAUCCUGAAUUGAAUGCCUUCAGUUAUGGCACAGACAAGGAAAUGUCUUCAGAUACUUCUGGGGGGCAAAGUGAAAGCUCUGUUAUAAAUGAGUGCUUAUACUCUGAUUUUUAUUGUUACAAAUUGUAGGUAGGUUAAUUUUACACCUGUAAUGUUUUCUUCUUGUUGAGGAAAACGUUAUUCCUGGAUACUGAAUUUCUCACUUUUGAUGCCUUUCAGUCACUACGAUGCAUUUUUCUUCAAGCUCUCUAACCUAUAGCUAAGUACUGUUUGAGAAAUUUGGCUUACAUCCGUGUACGUAACAUGAUUAGUUAUGUCAGACACCUUCAGUCUGUGCUGUUUCUUUGGAAGGCGGAGGGCAUUGCAGGGCAGGUUCUGGUAUGUGUUAAGGGAGAAAGACAUCUACAGAACUUUGGCAAAUACAAAUUUUGUUGUAAGAAAAUUCUUUUUAAAAUUAUUAUUAUUUUUUUUUUUUUUACUACGGAAACUUGCAAUUCAGUAAGCUAGAGAUUAAAACUGUUAAAAGCAAACUGCUGAAAAGGUGACCCACUGUGUUAUCAACUGAUUUUUAAUCUAGGAGGGGGCAGAUCAACACCCCCUAUAGUAGGACUAACACCACUCAAAGCAUCGUUAGGCUGGUUAUGAGUCAAGUCAGUGUAAGAGAAAUGCUGUCUACUACAUUGAAUGAUAAGAACAAGGCAGGACACUUUAAAAGUACUAUUGUUUGCCAGCUUGCUGACUUGUUUUUAGACAGUAUUGUCAUGUAGGUUAGUUAUUUUUUUUUUCAUUUUUAUUGUUUCCUUUAAAAGUGUUAGGUGCCUUUACAUUAUUUCUAGCUCAGGUGAGGUGUGUAUGCUUCUGAACUGAUUCUUCCAUCCGUUCAAAUUUUACCAUACGUUGGUUUGCAUCUUUGUGUCAUUAGCUGUUAGUUGCUCUCAGGGGUAGUAAUUCUAUCUAUGGUGCCCCAGUAGUGAGACCACUGCUGGGUGGUCUCAGUGGUCUCACUACUGGGGCAGCGAGAAAAGGCAAUAAUAAAUGUGAGAAUAACAGUUAGCAACACUAUUGCUUCAGCAAGGUGGGUGACUUUUCACAGGGCCUUCAUAGUGAUGCAGUGCAGUUUAUCUUGGCAAUUAUCAGCAAGUACACACAGAACUUGAAGUUUGUUUCAUUAUGUAAUUGGCUUCUUAGAUGUUUGUUGUAGUUCUUUGUUCUACAUAGAAAUCAUCUCAGAAUUUAAUAGGUCGCAAUCAAUAUUUUGUUAUUUUCAAGCAUCUGUUACAUCAUGGUAUUAUUUCCCAUAUGAUCUUUUAACAAGUGCUUCAAAUGGUCUGAUUUAGAUCAAGUUGGUUAAGUUUUGGUGUUACUACCUGUUCCAGUGCUAAACUGUAGGACACCAAGGUAGAUGCACAUUAAGAUUUCAUAUUAUGUUCUUACGUGCCUUACUUGCUGAAGUUUUCACUAUAAAGCUGUGCUGUGUGUAGUGUUCUGUAUGCCUGUAUAAUUGUCACUGCAUUGGAAGGUGGGUGAUAUGAAGCAGUGUUUGGUGAUGCAUAGGUAUAUAUAGGUGCUGACAUUCUGAUAUAUAGGUGGUGGUGAUGUGAAGAUGCAAUGCAAAAAAUGGGUAAAUACCAGUAGUAUUGCAAUAUUAGCUUUUAGUGCUUGCUUGUUUUUGACAUCUUUUGUGCCUCUGAAACAGAUUGCCUGGGCAGUAGCAGUUUGAGCACUGGCACGGGCUGCACAGAGGCUGUGGAUUCACCUUCCUGGAGAUCUUCCAAAGCCACCUGGAUGUGGCCCUGGGCACCCUGCUCUGGGUGUCCCUGCUGGAGCAGGGCUUGAGCCAGGUGGAUCCAGACGCCCAACCAUGCUAUGAUUCUGUUUGUUCCCACUUCUGGGCUCACGUGGGGAAACCAGCCCUGGGGUGUACUAACUGAAGUUGGUGUUCCCAUCUCUCAUUUGCACGGCAUCAAAGCUAAGCUGCUCUGUGGGAGACUGAAUGUCUAUUGUAUGGGUUUUUCAGUGCUCCCCAAAAAGUGGAGGAUCAUUUUGGGGAUCUUCCUGCAUCCCGGUUAGAUGGCAGAGGAAGAGCUUUUACACUCUGCCACAGACAUCUUUGAGUGAAAUCUUCUGAUCCCAACUCCAGUCUUUCACAGCAGAUGUAACGAGGGCGCCAAUGCCUCAGCUUUGGAGAAAGAGAUUGGUCCAGAACAAUUUCCAGUCAAUGAACACUAUUUUGGUUUAGUUAAUUUUGGGAAUACAUGCUACUGCAAUUCAGUUCUUCAGGCACUUUAUUUUUGUCGUCCAUUUCGAGACAAAGUCUUAGCAUACAAGAGUCAACCAAGAAAAAAAGAGAAUCUCCUUACAUGCUUAGCUGACCUCUUCCACAGUAUAGCCACCCAGAAGAAGAAAGUUGGAGUUAUACCUCCCAAGAAAUUUAUAACAAGAUUACGAAAAGAAAAUGAGCUUUUUGACAACUACAUGCAGCAGGAUGCACAUGAGUUCUUAAACUACCUACUAAAUACAAUUGCGGAUAUCUUGCAAGAGGAAAGAAAACAAGAGAAGCAAAAUGGUCGCUUACCCAAUGGCAAUAUUGAUAAUGAAAAUAACAGCCCACCAGACCCAACGUGGGUUCAUGAAAUCUUUCAGGGAACAUUAACAAAUGAAACCAGAUGUCUUACGUGUGAAACUAUAAGCAGCAAAGAUGAAGACUUCUUAGAUCUUUCUGUUGAUGUAGAACAAAAUACUUCAAUUACUCACUGCUUAAGGGGUUUCAGCAAUACAGAAACUCUGUGCAGUGAAUACAAAUAUUACUGUGAAGAAUGUCGCAGUAAGCAAGAAGCACAUAAAAGGAUGAAAGUAAAAAAGCUGCCUAUGAUUCUAGCUCUCCAUUUGAAGAGAUUUAAAUAUAUGGAUCAGCUGCAUAGAUACACAAAACUCUCUUAUAGAGUAGUUUUUCCUUUAGAGCUUCGUUUAUUUAACACCUCAGGAGAUGCCACCAAUCCUGACAGAAUGUAUGACCUCGUUGCUGUGGUAGUUCAUUGUGGAAGUGGCCCUAACAGAGGACAUUAUAUUGCAAUAGUGAAGAGUCAUGAUUUUUGGUUGCUUUUUGAUGAUGAUAUUGUUGAGAAAAUUGAUGCACAAGCUAUUGAAGAAUUCUACGGGUUGACGUCAGACAUCUCAAAGAACUCUGAGUCUGGUUACAUCCUCUUCUAUCAGUCUCGGGAUUGAGGGGGACCUGUAGUGAAGAGAGAUUGUUACGCCUCAAAUCUUCUCUAUCUUGGAUUGGAGCAAGCACUGAAAGAAAGGAAGCUGGAAGCUCCAGGGGCAGUAGCACAGUUUGCACAAGACUAAGCAAAGAACUUGGGAUUUUUAAAACCUUUGUAUCGUUUUCAUUUUAUUUGCUCAGGUAUCAUGCUGACUACACAUCUCCACUGCAUCUCAUAAGCAAAAAGAGAUACCAGCCACUCUUGCAGGAGCUUUCUGUUAGGAAAUAAUGUCUCCGUGGUCCCACUUCAAAGCCUGUUAAGGUCACUGGAGAACCUUUCAUGGACUUCAGUGGAAUUUGAAUCAGAUUCUAGCAGCACUGCCAGAUUGGUGCAAUAGGAGCAUUAGAGAUCUCUAUUUUAUACAGACUUUACAUGUAAGAGGUAAAGGACUCUUUGUAAACUUAAUUCCUGUGCUUAAUUUUGAAAGAACGAGGCUGGAACGUUACCAUGUAAGCAAAGAGAUAUAUCUGGGCCCAAUUGCCUUCUUGAUGGUAGUAAUUAAACUGAAGAUGUAAACUAGUGUCGGGGAGGCAAGUAUGUUUUGCUUCUCUGAAGAAGCUUAUGUUAUUUAUAAUGUAUGAUCAGGAACAAUCAGUCAAGAUUAUGGCUUUUAGUCUCCGUAUGGGGAAAGAUUUGGUUUGUAAUAGUAUAUUUUUGUUUAUAAAUUAUUGUUACGUAGGAUCUUGUUACUUAGGGUGUCCUUUAUUCUAGCCAGUAUUGGGGAUUUUAUAUAUUAAUUUGAAUUAAAACUGAUUAUGUUUAAAUGUUAAAAAAAAAAAAAAAGAGCUGAUAUAAAGUCUAAAAGCAAUGCCUACAAUGUCUUUAAAAAUGAGUAACAGAGACAGAUUCCUUCUGGAGGAACUGGUAUCUAAGUGAGGUACUUUAAUUAAAUUAGAAUAUUAUCUUUCCAUUAAUGUGUGAAAAAAGUGAUCAAAAUAAUACAUAGAAGACUUUUAAGAAUGCAUAUCGGAAGAAAAAGGUGGUGCAGUGGUGGCAUUCCAGUCUUGAGAGUUCUUUAAUCGUUUGAUAAUGUCUUGUGCUCCAAGCAAAUUGCAGCCAUUUUCAGAAUAUCAUUCCCUCUCCUAAAAAUGGAUCCACUUAUGUUACCAAUAACGUGGGUGACUAUCUCAAAAAACCACUCAAGGUCUCAAGUAGAAAUUGUGUCUAAGCAAUAAAAAGAAAUAGGCUUAGAAUUUCAUGAGACUGAAGAUAUACUUACAUUCCUUUAAAAGUAGUAUAAAGAAGAGGGUUUUUCACCUCUAGGGUGAAAAACUCUGGAACCGACGGCUUAUACUUCACUUUAGGUUUAUGAAAUAGCGUGAAGAAUUAAAUCUUGACAAAACACCUGAUCUGUAAUAAAUGUGAACUACUGUGAUUUGACAUUCUUCCACUUAACAGUACUUUGUCUGACAGUAGCUGAAUGUAACUUCUGGAAAGUCAGGGGAUAUUCAUUCCAGAUGAUGGCAAUCAAGUCUCGGAUGUCCUUGUCUCCCCUCUUCAGCUAGCGAUUUGUACCUUAUUGUAGUUUUCUAAGGUUAUUUUAUUGAUACCGUUGCAAACUCUAAAAAGAAUGUCUCCUGUCUGCUGCUAUAACUAUUUACUUAACUGUAUCUUUUAGCUCAGGAAAUGACUUCACCUAUUCACUCAGUUGAACUAAUCUUUAACAGGGUCACUGAAUAAAUCGGGCUAUUUAGCAACUGUCAUACUGUAACAAACUGCUUUUGUAAAACACAAAGUUUCUAAAGCCCCAGUUAGGCUAGAAUACUUUUAUAUAAAGUCAUUUAUAGUGAUCAAACUAUCCAAGUACCAGCACUGUAAAGUAAAGCUUCAAUAUUGUGGGGGAUGCAGAAAAUACGAUUGGAUUUUUCUUAAGGAAUUAAAAUAACUUCAAAACCUUUUUUCAGCUUUCUGUGGGAAAAGGGCUAAUGGGUGAGGCAGUUGAUUAAUGGUGCAUGUUAAAGGAUGAAGUCCUUUGCAUACUAAAGGUACAGUAUUGUAAAAGAACUAAGGAACUGUCGUGUUUCUUUUUUACUAACUGAUAAAUGUUUGGUCCUUCUUUUCUUCUUCUCGUGGUGUAGCUCAAAGCUGAGGCUAGUUGCUAAAUACUUUAUACCCUAACAAAAUGUAAAACACUUGUGUUUUAUCCACUGGGUUUACUUCUGCACCAUAUUUUUGUAAGACACUGACUUUUAUUUUGCGUAGGGUUUUUGAGAUAGCAUUCCAAAUUAUAUAUUUCACUUUGCUUUUUUUUUUUUUCCCAGCUGAAAUAAUUGUAAUUUCUCAAUUAAACUAUUAUCAGAAACUGCAACUUCGUUAGAAAAAGUAAAGAAGCAGGGAAGUGCAAAACAUAACUGUUUGGUAUGUAAAGCAGUAUGGAGUUAUUUCUUGACUAUAAUACAGUGGGGAGUGUGGGAAAGUUGUCAGUUGUUGUACAUGGUGGAAAUGAUUUGCUGUGUAACUAUGUAAAAUGUUAAUUGGGACUGCGGUCCUCUAUUUUGUAUAUUGGAACAAAAACUUCUAUUAAAUAAAAUGUGUUCUCUAAAGGUAA